AUGAAGUUUAAUGACUUAUUUGAAACCCCAAAUCCUCCUGAUGUUGUUGUGGAGGAAAACAACUCGCAAAAUAAAGAUAUUGAGAGCGCUUCGAGUUCUGAUGGUGACGAAAGUCAAGAAAUUGCAAGAGAAGAAGCUGAACUUGAGAAUGAACAAAAGGAAUCCAAAGUCGAUAGACUUUUACGCGAAGCUAUUGAUGUUCUUAAAGAAAGUGGAACGAAAAUAACGGAUGUGGAAGCUUCUCCAAUUUCUUCUCCUCAACUUUCUCAAGCAUCGGAUGAUUUGGUAGAUUUCUUUGGAGAGCAAUGUGCAAAAAUAUCACAUAUUCGUAAUAGAGAUGAGGCCGAACGUAUACGUAAACAAACAGAACAAUCGAUUCAAGAAGAAAAGUCUAAAAUGGACAGAAUUUUAGGGGAAAAGAUUUUAGAUGAAGAUAUCGAACGUUUAGAAUCUGAACGGGAAAAGACAACAAAACCGGAUAAUACAAAGAUUGAAUCACUUCACUUUGACAUGUUCGCUGAUGAGGCACCAGUUGAGCUGCUCUCUAAAGCUGCAACAAUCGAAACGAAUGAUUUAACAACAGCUGCAUUAAAAGACAAUUGGGACGAUACUGAAGGAUAUUACCGAGUCAGAAUCGGAGAACAAUUAGAUGGUCGCUAUCGUGUUUAUGGCUACACAGGAUCUGGAGUAUUUGGAAAUGUUGUUCGUGCGACAGAUAUGAAUAGAACUGCUUCCAAACUGGCUAUCAAAAUUAUUAGAAACAAUGACCUAAUGAGGAAGACAGGCGUUCGUGAAUUGGAAGUAUUGAAAAAACUUAACGAGGCAGAUCGUCUCGAUAAAUAUCACAUUUUGCAACUUUUCAGGCAAUUUUAUCAUCGAAAUCACCUCUGUCUGGUUUUUGAAAAUUUAAGUAUGAAUUUGCGGGAAUUAUUAAAGAAAUAUGGAAAUAAUGUCGGUCUUCAUAUGAAAGCUGUACGCUCUUAUGCUCAACAAUUGCUUUUGGCUCUAAAAUUGUUAAAACGUUGCAACAUUCUUCACGCAGACAUUAAACCAGAUAACAUUUUGGUAAGCAAUAUCUUAGGGAAAUUUAUAGUUCGUGUUUUGUUAAGGGUGCCAGUUGACGAGACAAAAAUGCAUCUUAAAUUAUGCGAUUUUGGUUCAGCUUGUCAUGUUGGUGACGUUGAGCCUGCUCCCUACUUAGUUUCACGUUUUUAUCGAGCACCGGAGAUUAUGCUUGGACUGCAAUAUGAUUUUGGAAUUGAUUUAUGGUCGCUUGCAGUUACUCUUUAUGAGGUUUAUACAGGAAAGAUUAUGUUCCCCGGGAAGUCAAACAACCAAAUGCUUAAAUUUAUGAUGGACCUUCGUGGAAAAUACCCUAACAAGGUGAUACGGAAGGCAUUGUUUAAGGACCAACAUUUUGAUAACAACUGCAACUUUAUUUAUCACGAGACAGAUAAAGUUACUGGAAAGGAUAAAGUCACUGUUCUCGCAAAUAUAAAAAUGCAAAGAAAUUUAUUUGCAGAAUUGGCUGGUGACCAAGAAUUGGAUAAAGAUGGAUAUACUCGUGUAGAACACUUCCGAUCUUUACUUGAGCAAAUGACAACAUUGGACCCAGGAAAGCGAAUUACGUGCUCAGAUGCUUUGAAGCAUCCUUUUAUAAUAGAAAGGUGAU